UACACUGUCAAAUUGACACACCAGCUGUAAUUGCGAAUGUCAGAAGUGGGACAUGACGUGGUCCUAUCUUAUCUAGCUACGUAUUCUGACAGAAAUAACAGAUAUGACAACGUAAUAUCAGGUACUGUUUUCGAACAACUAAGUCACUUAAGGCAUGAAAAUUUUUAAUUGCAGAGGAGACAUUCAUUGCCCUUGUUAUGGGGAUCCGUAUUAGAUAGCCCGGCUACAUCUCUUUGCUACAGUAGUUCCGCCCUCAGCGCUAGAGAUCGCCAGGGGCAGCGCCGCCGUCAGAUCUGCGGAUCAAACGUUGUCAUUUGUUUCUUUCUGGCCGGGAACCAUGCGCUCUGUUGCGGGCUUGAUUUGUGUGGUCGCAUCAGCUACUUUAUACCUCUACCUUCUGUCUUCGUACCUUCCGCCCGGACCGCGACAUUUUCGUCAGAAAAAUGAAGGGGAGAAGUCGGAGGAAAACGCCGACGGAGACUCGGGGGCUGAAGAGUACAGCCUGAGGUUUCCGGCAGACCUGGAGGAGCUGCGAGAGCUGGCCGAGCUGCUGCAGUUCUACAAGACCGAGCACACGGGCUACGUGCUGCUGCUCUUCUGCAGCGCCUACAUCUACAAGCAGUCCUUCGCUAUCCCUGGCUCCUCCUUCCUGAACAUCCUUGCGGGGGCGCUGUUCGGCCCAUGGCAGGGCCUGCUGCUGGCCUGCGUACUCACCACCGUGGGCUCCACCUUCUGCUACCUGCUGUCUCAGCUGUUCGGCAAACACCACAUUGUGCGGUUCUUCCCAGAGAAGGUGGACAAGCUGCAGCGGAAGGUGGAGGAGAACAGAAGCAGUCUGUUCUUCUUCCUGCUCUUCCUGAGGUUCUUCCCCAUGACUCCCAACUGGUUCCUGAACGUCACAGCGCCCAUCCUCAACAUCCCCAUCACCAUGUUCUUCCUCUCCAUCUUCAUCGGCCUGAUCCCGUAUAACUUCAUCUGCGUGCGGACGGGCUCCAUCCUGUCGGAGAUCUCCUCCCUGGAUGACAUCUUCUCCUGGGGGACGCUGCUGCAGCUGCUGGCCAUUGCCUGCAUGGCUCUGCUGCCCGGGACCCUGAUCCGCCACUACAGCCACGCCCACCUCAAGCUGCAGGGCCUGGAUCGGAACGGGCACAGCCUGGACAAGAAGAGCAGAUGACCGGGGGGUUACCGCCACGCCCCACACACGCGCCCCACACACGCGCCCCACACACGCGCCACACACACGCGCCCCACACACGCCGCACACCAGCCCCACACACGCCGUGUCCGUGCCCCACCCCCGGCUCAUCGCUAGCUUUAAGUUCAAAGGGGAAAAAAUGUUUUAGGUAACUGAUGUCUUUAAGCAAAAGAAGCCUGCUGAAGAUUCAUCCUCUGGAUCUCUGGCUGGAACUCCUUUGAGUGGAACCGUCAGAAAAGUCUGUCUUUCUUUUUAUUUAAUUUAUUUCACGCUUUUAUUUUGUUUGGAUAGUGCUGUCUUCAAAAAGCUGUCUAUGUUUGAAAGUUAAGAUCGUCUGAGUCCGGUUCCGCUGCAUAUUAAGCGCUGGAAAGACUAUGGCUCUCUGUAGUGUAUAGUGUAGCUCACGCCGCACCUCCCCACGGCACCUCCCCUCGUCACCUCCCCACAGCACCUCCCUGCAUCGCUGGGCUCUCCGGAGGACGCCGCAGGCAGCGGGGAUUGCGGAGGUGAGAGCUGAGAAACGCGGGAGUCGCCGAAGCCGUCCGCACUUUCCAGCCUGCAAAUUUGCACACAGCGAGGGGCUGCUUCCCAUGAGUCCUCACAGCAAGCUCCAGUUUCACGCCAAAGCUUGUGUGUGUGCAAGUGCGAGAAUGUGUGUGUGUGUGUG